AUGGCUGAGUGGAAACUGAGCUGCAGGUCCAGACUCCAGGAUGAAGAUUCGUGGGAACAACCGCCGUCGGACUUCGACAUGCCGGUAGAACCAGAGAACCGCUGGACGAGGGUGAAGACCCGCACCAAAGAGUUCCUGGAAACCGUCACUAUGAAUGGCAUCAUGCAGAUCUGCGGCGCCCGUCUUUGGUUGCGUCGGCUCGCGUGGUUGUCGUACCUCAUUCUGUGCACGGUGUACAGCCUCAUGCAGUGCUACAACGUCUACAAUGAGUACAUGAAGUACCCUAAAGCUGUGGCUGUUCAGCUUCAAACGGAGCGCCCAGCGAAGUUUCCAGCGGUGACUUUAUGCAGCCUGAACCCCAUCAACAACGAAGAGGCGCUACGCAACGACUCCGUCUACGGCGCCUUCAUCGACGUCCAGGAACAGAACUCUGUGGCUGAAUGUGCCGGCCUUAAAAAUGUCAGCGAUGAUCCACUGGCAGAUGACAUAUGCGAAGAAAAUUGCGACUUUGAGCUACAAACUUACGAUUACUACGACUUGAGCAACGAUACAAACAAUGACAGCUCCACCACCGCGUUUUCUACUGGUACAUCGCAAGCAUCAUCCACAUCAACGACUCUCCUCUCGCAAACUCCGAAUUCAACGGCUGAACCCGCAGACGAGUCUGCGCUCAUGCACAUAGACGAUGCAUUGCUGCGACUGCAGUGCAACUUCAUCUACCAGUAUCAAAUGAUGCAAGAGCCCCUGAACAUCUCCAUAUUUGCCACUGAUAAUGGUACUAAAAGCUACGUCACCAGCGAACUGGUCAGAGUUGUUGGGGAUCUGAAGUUUUGUCCGCAAAUUGAGCUGUGGAAUGCACAGGCUGUCACCAUUCGUUACAACCGAGCUUGUAAAAAGGAAGUUUAUGAGGACUUUCUAGGAAACUACACUGGCAUCAAUAUAGUUUACGAAGAGACCUACAUCAGCCCAACUGAGAUGAAGGUUUCUUGUGCUUCAGGAACAUACACCCCUCUGGAAAUAUGGCUGGAAUUGGAAAAGGAUGAGAUGUCCGAGAAGCGAGUCCAAUCACUCAUAAGCCGCAGCCGCACGUUCGACUUGUCGGACCUCAGGGGGCGCUUUGCCCCCGACCGCGACGUGGCCGAGAAGACGGCGAGGAAACGAGAAGACUUCGUCCAAGUUUGCAGCAUCGACAACGUCCAUUGCAAUUACAAACUAUUUCACCCGUACACGACGAAAGAUAUGGGAGUUUGCUACACGUUCAACAGCCCCCACCUCGUCAAAGAAUCCAGCCCCAGCGUCAGCAUCGAAGACCGCAGGAAGAACUUCAAGCCAAGAGCUUCGUAUAAAACAGGACCGCAGAGCGGCCUGAGCCUGACGCUGAAUCUGCACGCGGCGAGCUACCUGUCGUUGCUGUCGCCCUGGUCGGGGCUGCGCGUGGUGCUGCAUGAGCCUUGGCAGGCGCCCUUCCCGGCCGAUGAAGGCUUCAACCUCGCCGCGGGACUGUCCCACUCCAUCGCUGUAACCAAGACUGUGAUGCAGCGCAUAGGACCUCCACACGGACAAUGUUCCGACACCAAUACCCUGAUGUUCGACUACUCCGAAGCGCUGUGCAAUAAGCUGUGCAUUGAACGCGAGUUCCGGCGUCGGUGCAACUGCACCGUCAACGAAGGCCCCGCCUUCGACUCCCUCGCCAAAGAGGAAGAGUUCAAGGCCAAGAAAUUCGAAAAGUGUGACGCCUUCGACCGCUUUCAGGGUUUGUGUAUGCAAGUUGUGACCUUCAUGGCAACCACCGAGAUAUUCAACUGCAUCUGCUACCCCGCUUGCAAGGAGGUGCGUUACUCAGCUCUCAUAUCGUCCACAAAUGUCAACCAUGAGUUCCUCAAAAUCGUCCAGAACAUCAAAAAGUUCCCAAUGGGCGAGGACUUGUGUGGGGAUUUAAAUUCGACGGUUCGCCUUCAGAUCUACCUUGCCUCUUCUUCCUACGAAGAAAUUGACGAGUCUCCCGCGUAUACUUGGACAACUUUGAUCUCAAAUUUGGGCGGCAACUUGGGCUUCAUAGGCGUGUCGCUGAUCACCUUCUUCGACGUGGUCUACUACUUAUUCGACGUGUUCCUGAUCCUGGUGUGGCCGCGCUGCUACGACGUCUCGGAGGGCGUCACCAAGUCCGUCGCUCCCGUCAAGAAAAUUCCGAAGAAAAUCAUCAUCUUGGCCGGUCCUCCGUAGCAGCUGCCACACGGAGAACUUGUCAAGAAGCGCCCAUUAAGGUCAAGUGCCCGAUGGUCUGAACGCUCCAACCAAGUCUUCAUGAGCCACUGAAAAUGAGUCAAGUUUCCAA